GUUGCUAGCCUCAAAGGCAAAAGAAUGGUACUAAUACAUUAUAAUAUUAUGAUAAUAAUAAUAGUAAUAUUAGUAAUAAUUAUGAUAGUAGUAAUAGUAAUAAUGUCAGUGUUUUGCUGUUGUUGCUGAACAAAAAGCCCUUCCAGAUGGGCACAGUUCAAAAGCUGCCUCCAAGGGAAUCACCUCUCCUCACUGACCACGCAGAGCUUUGUGUUGCAGUGUGCACUGGUGAAAGGAGGAAAGAUGGAUGGAGGUAAACCCCUCUUAAGAAGAUUAAUGCAAUGAGAGUUAUUUCUGAUAAUGCCUUGACAAGAGCCCUGCAGGCCUAAGAAAAUGGAAAUGUGGAAGAAAAUGUUGUUGGCCUCCUGUCCUCCUGGGGAAGGAGCCCUGGGAUGGCUCCCACAGUAACUGGGCAGCUCUCUUUCAGACACAUGUGAAACACAUUUACCCAGACAAUCCAAUGAGCACUUCCACAGCUUUUAGACUGAGAUUUUCUGUGUUGUUCACGCUUUGGCACAUGGAUGAUCAUCCCUCCUGAUGUCCUGAGAGCACAGUUAAAGUUCAAGAAUGUGUUUAAGUGUUUUGCUGGAGUGGAGCCAACAUCUCCAUCCCAGAGGUGAGCAGUGUGUUGGGAAACUCAGUGGCUGCAUACAGACUAAUUGUUCCAGGAUGCAACCUGGAAGGUGCUGAGCACCCUGGCUGGCAGCCAGCAAGGCUUUUAAACACAUGCUUUACUUAGUUUUUUUCACGUUGUUACCAGUCUUGUUCUUUGAUUUUCUUCCCAUAGCAACUGGAGAAGGAUAUCUGAGUAGCCAGAGCAGUGCAAUUCAUUUGCCAGCAACAUUCCAACCUGUACCACAGGGAUGUCUUCCAGGACAUGGGAUACAGCUGUUGGGAUCAGGUAUUUCAUGGAGCCUUUGAGCACUAACAUCACUGCUCUCUGUGUGACCAUUUGAGAGCAAACGAGCCGGACACAGCCAUGGGGGACUCUCCAGCAAAUGUCAUGGAUGGAGGCAUGGACACACAGACUGAACUGGUGGAGAGGGUGGCAGCCAUUGAUGUGUCUGUUGUCCCAGACAGAAGUGACCAAAAUGGUGAAGACAACCCUGAAGAAAAUGACACAGUCUUUUCUGAUAACAUAAAGGACAUCCAAAGAAAUGGAGUCAGCAGUGACAUGGGAAUCAAUGAACUUCUGCCUUCCCAGCAGUCAGAAGAUGCUCACUUGAGGCAUGCUCCCAAGAGACCUCUAACCAGACCUGGUCUAUCAAGUAGGAAGUUGUCCCUUCAGGAAAGAUCGUCAGGAGGUUAUUUGGCUUCUAGCAGCACUCCAGGUUGUGCUCCUUAUGCCACAGGGCCAUCCCCACGUAUAAUCAGGAGACCAACGAUAGAGUCCCAUCGGGUCUCCAUAUCAGACUCUGAGGACUGUGUGCAAUUAAACCAGUACAAGCUGCAGAGUGAAAUAGGCAAGGGCUCCUACGGCGUGGUGAAGCUGGCCUACAACGAGAACGAUGACAAGUAUUAUGCUAUGAAAGUCCUCUCCAAAAAGAAGCUCUUGAAGCAGUAUGGAUUUCCACGUCGGCCUCCUCCCAGAGGGUCAAAGGCAUCCUCUGGAGAGCAGCCCAAGCCCAUGGCACCCCUGGACAGAGUCUAUCAGGAAAUAGCCAUCCUAAAGAAGCUGGACCACAUCAAUAUUGUUAAGCUGAUAGAGGUCCUUGAUGAUCCUGCAGAGGACAACUUGUACAUGGUGUUUGACCUCAUGAGGAAAGGGCCUGUCAUGGAGGUGCCCAGUGAGCAGCCCUUCAGCGAGGAGCAGGCUCGGCUCUACUUCCGAGACAUCGUCCUGGGCAUCGAGUACUUGCACUACCAGAAGAUCAUCCACAGGGACAUCAAGCCUUCCAACUUGCUCUUAGGAGAUGAUGGCCACGUCAAAAUUGCUGAUUUUGGUGUCAGCAAUCAGUUUGAAGGGAAUGAUGCCCAGCUCUCCAGCACAGCAGGGACACCAGCCUUCAUGGCACCAGAGGCCAUCUCACAGACUGGCAAAAGUUUCAGUGGAAAGGCCCUGGAUGUGUGGGCCAUGGGAAUCACCCUGUACUGCUUUGUUUAUGGGAAGUGCCCUUUUAUAGAUGAAUAUAUUCUGGGUCUUCAUAAUAGGAUCAAGACCAAGCCUGUGGAGUUCCCAGAAGAAGCACAGAUAAGUGACGAGCUCAAGGAGCUGAUCCUGCGCAUGCUCGAUAAAAACCCAGAAACCAGGAUAACAGUCCCUGAAAUAAAGGUGCACCCCUGGCUGAGCCGGGGCGGCGCGGAGCCGCUGCCGCUGGAGGAGGAACACUGCUCCGUGGUGGAGGUCACCGAGGAGGAGGUCAAGAACUCUGUGAAGACCAUCCCCAGCCUGCCAGCUGUGAUCCUGGUGAAGGCCAUGCUGAGGAAGCGCUCCUUUGGGAACCCCUUUGAGGUGCAGACGAGGCGGGAGGAGAGAUCCAUGUCUGCUCCAGGGAACCUGCUGAUGGACAGAUUCCUCUUAAACACAUCUGUAUAUUUGCAUCCAUCUUUAAGAGCGCAGGGCAGCAGGGAGGCAGCCAGGGACCCCGAGCUGCCCGACGUGUGCGAGGACGAGGCCGCGGCCUGAGGGCGCGGCUGCCGGGGCUGGCCGCCCUCACCCCCUCAUCGCCCUCAUCGCCCAGCCCGGGGCCUGCGCGGCAAAGCAGCACCACAGCGAGCCCACCUGCACGGCAAACCAGGAGCACACCGAGCCCGGCAGCAGCGCGGCGAGCCGCAGAAGCCGGGCGGGAGGAUCCGAGCGGCAGCCUGAGCCCCGGGCCCGGUGCCCGCGGCUCCUCCGUGCGUGCCUUGUGCCUCACCCGAGGAACGGGGCUGUGCUCCUCUCAAGGGUCCUUUUCCCCACAGAGACUUCCUCCUUGUGUUGUUGCAUUCUCUACUUCAAGCAUCGGGGGAAAAAACGGUGUUAGAGACUGGUUUUGUAUGGGAGGGCAACUGUUUUAUUUAAUGCACUUGGGUACAUCAGGAGUGCUGCUCCUGCUGUGCAGAUGAAGGCAAAAUGUCUUUGGGUAUCAGUGAAAUGAGGAUGAGAUGCUGCUGUUGAAAUGAUCACCGUCCCUCCCUGUGUCUUUCUUUCUUCCCUUUUCCUGUGAUCCCUCGGUUCUGCACAGUGCCAGUCCUGCCCCCAGCCGUGGCUUUAGUCAGGCAGUGCUGUAAAGCAGAGGAGUCACAGGAGAUUCCCUGGAUGUGCAGAGAGCCCUGGGAUGGCACAGAACCCUGGAGCAUGGGGAUAUGCUGCCACACAGAACAGCUUAGUGCCCCAGGGACAUCUGCCAGGGCUGCCCUUCCCAAAGAGCUGGGAAUGCACCCAGUCCUGCACCCAUGGACCAUGGUCUCCAGCUGAAAAGAGUGGCAGGUUUGGGCUUUAUUUUAUUUCAUUUCCUUCUCUUCACUUAAUCUCUUGUGUACCUGAUGCUUUUAAACUUUAAUUUCAUGAAAAUGACCCAAACUGGGAGAGGUUCCUAGGAUAGAAGAUGUUGGUGGAGGGUUUUUAGAAAGAUACAGAGCACAAGUUCACAACUUGACCUUUUGAUUUUUUAAAAAAAAAGGCUUUAAUUUUUAAUUUUGUUUUAAGACUCCGAUUUUUAUGCAUGUGCUGAUGCUGCUAUUUUAUCCAUAGAUUGCUUCUAAACUUGGGGUUAGAAGCUUCAUCUCAAUAGUUUGACAACUGGUAAGAGAUUACACUUAAAAAGGUAAAUACAAAAAAGCAAAUACAGCCUUUCUUGUGGCUGUUGACUGUACAGACUGUGUGGAUAAUCAGGAAUUUCACUCUUCCAUUCAGAGAGUAAAAACCAGUGACAUCCAUCUGUCAAAAUAUAUGUCAUUAUUUUCCCUUGAGCCUUAUGGGGUCUGCACAUGGCCCUGGGAUGCCAGUGGGAUUGGAAUCUUCUUUUAUAGUACUUAAGAAAGGACAUGAUUAAAUUUGUUUCCUACAUAGUCAUCUUAGUGUCUGUUUUUAGGUUAAUCCUGAGAACUUGGGACUUUGUUCCCUCAUUUUUGGUGCAGGGGGAUACAGAGAGUUGUUGGUAGUGACUGGUGUAUCCUGGUGCUCCUGUUCUGUUUGCUGCAAUCUCAUUUGAUGGUUCCCAACAUUUUAUAGCUGGGCUUUGCUGCUGGUGCCUUCUGUCUGUCCCCAGCCUGUCACCUCCCCUCCCUCAUCCUCAGCCACCUCAGUGGGAUGCCCAGCACUCCCCAGCCUGGGCUCUUCCUUGCAUCUCACCUGUAAAUAUUGGCAAAAUGGGAAAGAACAUUGCAGCUUCUCUAUUGAAUGGAGACCUUCAGCACUGAAAGCUGCUGUUGGAUCCUGUCAAGGUUGCUGCUGUGGGGCUGAGCUCUGCACUGCUGCUUCCAGGUGCUAAAUCCUGCCUGGUUUUUGGUGUCUGCACCAGCUGUGAGCUCAGCAUCCUCUGAGGAGCCUGCUCCUGCACCAGGAGGAUGCCCUGAUCCUUCCUCCAGCCUGGGACAUGGGACUUUCUGCUUGUCAUGAAGAUUUAGGUACCCAGAGGUAGGGAGUAAAAAGUCUGAGAGCACAGGGGGUUCUGCAGAUGGAAAAGAUUGUCCUGGUGGAACUGCUGCCUGUGGAAGGGACAGUCUGUGGAUACAAACUGAUCUGUGCUGUGGUGCCACCAGCUCCUGCUGCAAGCCAGGGGCCAAGCUGGGAAAACUCUCCUCCAGUUUGAGGAAAAAACUUUCUCUUUUCUGUCCUGGUGUCCCCCAGGACAGGGCCAGGGAGUGACCUUGGAGCAAAGACUCAUCUCAGGAACGUGCCCUACCGCAAGCAGAAAAGGGAGUUCUAGUAAUCCUCAUCCCUGUGGGACUUGUGAAGUCUAAGCAAUACCUGGGCUGUGCUCAAAGAGCUCUAAGGAUGCAAACAUGGGGUUGGUUAUUGUAUUUUUAAUCUGUGGCAAGAAUAAUUUGCUAGCCCAGGCAGUUGGGGUUAUUUUAGUGAUGGCUAAGGGGUGGGAGCUGGUGGGGAAGGCUGUUGUCAGCCUCAAUUAAUGCAAGCAGACAAAUGAUGAGUUACAAAUGAGCUCCAUUAUCAUGUUCCUUUAGUGGUACCUAAAUCAGCACUUCAGUUUUGGAGAGGAAUGGAUGUUUUUUAUUAUUAUCUCAAAAUCUACUUUGAAAUACUUGCCCUUUCAGCUAAAAGAAAUCCUUCUGGAGCUGUUCCCACAGGUCCAAGAACCACCCCCUCAAGCUCUGAGCUCAUGUCACACCUUGUUUCUUCAGCAAAUCUGCCAACAGGCUUUCCUUUAUACCCCAGAAAUCACCCCUACGGUGUCACAAACAGCAGCCUGAAAACCUGCAUGAAAUGAGAUGGAAAAUGUGCCCUGCUAGCAGGAGAAACACUCAGAUAGGCAAAGCCAGGCUCUACGCACUCAGCUGCAAUGAAAUCCUUGCUUGUUUACGUGCAUGUUGGAGCAGCUCAGGACAACUGGUUCUGCUCUGAAGAAAGGAAGAGGCUGAAGAGAGGGGAUUUAUUUGAGAAUAAACAUCCCAGGCAAGGCAGCACUUUUAGCUCUUUGGUAAAAUCCUUCUCUUCAGCUGGAUGGGCCAAUAUUUGUCUGCUCCUCUCUGUGAUGGAGGGGAUGGGGUUCAGUGUGGCUGUGCAGAGCAGGGAGCAGAGCAGGUGUGGCACACUCGUGCCUUGGUGUGUGCUCUGUGUUUUUCCCCUCCAAAUCCUCCUCUCUGCUGUUCUGGGAGCACUGGGAUGCUCUGGCCUGGGUUAGCUGGGCUUGGAAUCACCAGGAGGGCUCCUCUUUCCCCCAUCACCAUUGCAUCUGGCCAAGUUCUCCAGACUCUUGCAGGUUGAGGAUGAUUUUCUUGAAAGAAAUUUCUCAUUUGGGAGAAUAGCACAUAUCUCUGAUCUCCAGGAGGUGGAUUUCUCUGUCUUGCUCAAUUAAUGGCUCUAGGCCUUUGGUUCUGGGGGGUAGUGCUAAGUAAAAAUCCUGGUCAAGUCCCUUCUGUCCUGCCCUGGGGAAUGCACAGUCCAUAUCUUUACCCCUUUGGGCAGGAAUGUGCUGCUGUCAGGGUCACUCUUGCAAGCAGAUGAGGUUUGCAGCAUCAGGGCUGCUGGUGGGAGAGCUGACUUUGUGUAGGGCUCCAACCAGAGGGAGCCUGACAGGGAACAGUGUGGCUGCUCCGUGCAAAACAAACAGUGGCUCCAUAAAACAGCUCCCAGGGGGCAGUUUCAUUCCUUAUUUAUUGCCAGACUUGCAAGGAGGAGCUGCUGGGAGAAACUUUUGUGUUCCUUCAGCACAACUCUGCCCCGAAGCCCUCAGCAGCGCUGCCAGGGGAGAGUUUCUCUAUUUGUGGUGUGUGGCUGCGAGCUUGUUUGCUCUCCCCAGCUCGGUGCUUUCCCUCCCUUCUUGCCCAAAACCCCAAGAGCUUUGUCCCACCAGUCCAGGGCUUUGUCCCAGCCCCUGAGAGGCCCAGGCUCCCCCAGGGACAGGGAUCUCAGUGAAUUUCCCAAGGCACAGGGCUGUGCUGGGGGAUGCCACUGAGAGCCCGAGUAUCUCUGGUGUGCAGCAGGGAGACUGGAGAGCAGAGUGGAGAGUUUGUGUGGAAAUGGAGCUUGGAUGAGGUGCCAAACCUCGCUGCUUUAGCAGGGCUUGUUUGUACUGGAGUUUGCUGAGCAGAGCAGUGCAAGGCAUUCCUUUCUGGCCCAGAUCCUUCUACACAAGUCCAUGCUCGGCUGGAGUCCCUCCCAGGCUGAAUUAACCUGCAUUUGCCAUGGCCCUGUUGCUGUGAAUGCAGCCUUCCAUGGGAUGAGGGAGGGACAGCAGCUCAUCAGUCCCUGCCCUGCUCCUUCCCUUCCUGGAGAAAAGCCAUGUACGCUCAGAGCUGCUGCUGGCAGAGCCCAGACCCUCCCUCAGUAUCCACAAGCCAUCAAAGUGCUCCCAAAAAAUGGUGUAAAUGCAAGAAAACAUGAAUGCAACCCUUGAGGGUACAAUGCAGAUCCUCUGUGCUGUAAUUUUCCUGCUCUUCCUGAUUUCUAGGCCUGUUCUGUUGGUAUUUCUGUCUCUUGUUGCACUUGAAGCUGAACCUCUGCCCCUGUAUGUGCCGUGCUAUGAUUCCAGCAUGAUGUAAAUGCACUCAGUACUGUGACAGCACGUGGCUGUUGCACUGUAAAUAUGUACCAUGAAGAGAGAGGCUAUUUUUUGCAUGCUUUUGUACUGUAGAACUGAUGAGAAAAUGACAAUAAAUUCCACAGAGAUGACCCUGGCUGUCAGUGCAGUUCCUAAGGCAGCUGCCAAGCGCAGCCCCAGUCGCAGUCCCCAGCCCGAGCCCGGCUCUAACCUCAAGCCCUGUUUAGCCCUAAGGCCAGGGCUGGCUCUAAGCCCGACCUAAGCCCCGAUCGCGGCCCAAAGCCCGGCCUGGCGCCGGCCCCGCCCCCCGCGCUGCGGGCCACGCCCACUGGCUCUCCGUCACAGCGCUCCGCCUCCCGACCAAUCAGAUCGCUCGGUCACGUCCGGGCCCUGCCCAUCAGAGAGCCCUCUGGCUUUCGACCAAUCAUAUCGCCCGGU